GGUUGCAUAUCCUCCCAUGCCCCCUUUUUAAGAACGUAUAGCUUUUUUAGGUCCAAAGAGCAUGUGAGUAAACCUAUCCCUGAGGACCACAAUGAAAAAGCAAAGGGGAAGGUUGCCUCUCAAAAGCCUUCACUCCCACUCACAAGAUUGAACUGGCAACACACCAGCGGAUAAAACUCAACUUGGAAAAUAAGCAGCUAUACAAGCUGUGCAUCUAAAUCAAAAUGUUUAAGAUACGUAGAGUUAACGAUGUGGAGCCAACUGCUCCUGGGCAAGUGAAUAUCAAAAAGCGGUCAAGGGUGCCAGGAGUGAUGAUCACUCAAUUUGUGGAAGAAGUCCCUGUGGGGAUGAGCACCCCAGACUUUACCCGGAAACCCAUAGCACUGACCAUUCAAGAAGGAAAGCUUGCCAUUUUCAAAGCAAGAGUUAGCGGCAAACCCGCGCCAAGGGUGUCGUGGGCAAGGAAUAAUGGAGAAAUUGAUGAAGAAAAUUACAAAAUGGUCUAUGACUCACUUUCUGGUGAACACUCACUGGAGAUACCGGAGGUGUCCGUAGAACACGCUGACACUUACAAAUGUUUCGCUACAAACGAGUAUGGAAGAGCAGUUGUCACAGCUGCCCUAAAUAUCAUUGAACUUGGCUAUAAAAAGAGUAGAGCCUUGCAGCAAUCUAGAACAGGUGUCCGAGAACUCCCUGAAGACUUCAAGAAGGCCUUAAGAUGCACGGUUAAAAUCGAACCUAAACCCGAAGUCAAACGAGUCAUUGACGACAGGUUUUGGGAGCUUUUGUUGAGCUCUAAUAAAAAACAUUACGAGAGGAUCUGCAGUGAAUACGGUGUCACAGAUUUCCGCUGGAUGCUAAAGAAACUAAAAGAAAAGAAGCUGGAACAGGAAUAUGAGCAAGAGAAGGUUGUUGAGAGACUCUGCAAUUUAAAGCCUAUUGAAGUCAAAGGUUAUAGAGCUGAGAUGUCCCUUAAAGACCCGGCAAGUAAAAUCUUGAAUAAGGAUGGCGUACUGGUUCCUUUUGAUGGGGAUGCAGAGAGGAAAUUAAAACAAGUGGGGAAGAAGUUUGUGUUCAGCAUCAAUGACGUUCAUCCUGAAGAUGCUGGAAUGUGCCAUGUGGAGGUUGAUGGGGUCAAGAUUUUCUCGACUGAAUUAAAAGGGGACAAUGACCAAAACUUGGUUGGAAAGAAGAAAGCUCGCAAAACAACUCGAGCAGGUGGUGGAGCAGAUCUGCUGAAGAUCGCUGAGGAGCAACAGGCCAAAUUACAGAAGGAAAGAGAUGAGUUGCUUGCGACAGCCAAGGCACAAGCAGAGGUUGAAGCAAAAGCAGAGGAAGAGGUUGAAGCCAAAGAAAUAGGAGAUGUUAACGCCAAAGCAGAUGUUAAACCUAAAGAACAAAAAGAGACAACAAAUAAAGCUGAAGCAGAGAAUAAGACUAAAGAAAAAACAGGGACUAAAAUUCAAGCUAAAGAAGAAAAGACCAAAGAAAAAACUGAGACUAAAAUUCAAGCUAAAGAAGACAAGACUAAAGAAAAAACAGAGAAGACUAAAGAAAAAUUAGAUACCAAAAUUCAUGGUAAUGUAGAGGAAACGACUAAAGAAAAAACAACAGAGACUAAAAUUCAAGCAGAGGAUAAGACUAAAACAAAAGGAGAUACUAAAAAUACAAUAAGCGAAUAUACUAAAAAUAAAGCAAUGCCAAAAUCCACAGCCAAAACAAAACAAACAGUAAAGGUGAAGGUUGAGAAAAAAGAUGAUAGUAAGAAUGAAAAUUCAGCCAAAGAGGAAGAAUUUGAAGCAGAGGAUGAGGAAUCUGAGGAGGGGGAUGAAAUGGAAGAGGAAGAUGCUGGAGUGGAAGUGGAAAAGAGAAAAGACAAGCCUACGCAGACUACCAAUCCCAAAGUCUCUAAUGAUAAAGAAGACGAGGAACCAGUUCUGAAGAAAAAGAAAAGAGUGCGAAAGGGCCCACUUGUUCCCGAUACCGCCAUGGAUGCGGGUGUUUACUUCACCAGUGGUUUGUCCGACAUCAACGCUAUCAUUGAUACAGAGGCGGAAUUAAUCUGCAGACUGAGCAGCGACGACUGUGAAGGAUUCUGGUACAAAGAUGGCAAAAAGAUAGCAUCUACAGAUGAUGUCCGUAUUGUUGAAGAAGGGUCUUAUCGUAAGCUUGUGUUAAAAAACUGUAAAGAAGAGGAUGCUGGAAAGUAUCGCUAUGAAGCCGAUGGCCGUAAAACAGAAGCGAUGGUGAUUGUUGAAGAUCCCCCAAGAAUGAAUAAGGAUGACCUCACUAAGUUCUUAAAACCGGUUAUCGUAAACACUGGGAAAGACGCAGCCUUUGUGCUGUCCUUUCUUGGCCGGGAGCCAAUGAAAAUACAAUGGUUCAACGAAGGCGAAGAGCUAUUGGAGGACACCCGCACAAGGAUUGAGAAGUCCUCCUCGCACACUCGCCUACUGCUGCUCAAGUGCAAGCGCAAAACCUCGGGGGAAAUAAAGAUAAAGAUUAAAAAUGAUUUUGGAACAACAGAGGCGGUCACUCAACUCACUGUUCUUGACAAGCCAACAGUGCCCCUAGGGCCCGUAGAUAUAAUCGAAAGUUCUGCAAACUGUAUCGCGUUCAAAUGGAGGCCACCCAAAGACAACGGAGGCCCCCCAAUUACCAAUUACAUCCUGGAACGUCAACAAAUCGGCCGAAAUAGCUGGAAGAUGUUGGGAAAAAUUGGUCCUGAACCCCAAUACAGGGACUCGGAUGUGGAUCAUGGAAGAAGGUACGCAUAUCACAUCAGGGCUGAGAAUCAGCAAGGUAUCAGUGAAAUGAUGGAAACUGGUGACAUUCAAGCUGGGACCAAGGCAUACCCUGGACCUCCCACUGGCCUGAAAAUUGUAAGUGCUUUUAAAGACUGUAUCAACCUUGCAUGGUCUCCACCUUCAAAUACGGGAGGGACCAACAUUUUAGGAUACAAUGUGGAUAAACGAAAAAACAGCAGUAAUCUCUGGAGCCUUGUCAACCCUUCGGAUGAGUCCAUCAAAGAGAAAAAGUACGCUGCAAAAGAUGUUAUUGAAGGCAUCCAGUAUGAGUUCCGUGUUUCAGCGAUCAAUAUUUCUGGUGUUGGAGAGCCAAGUGCACCUACUGAGUUUGUUUUUGCACGGGAUCCAAAGAAGCCCCCUGGAAAAGUGAGAGACCUGAAGGUGAUAGAUUCUACAUACAGCACCUUAUCUCUUACAUGGACCGAACCAAAGGUAGAAGAAGGUGUCCAGGAUGAGGCCAAAGGAUAUUUUGUGGAAAUCAGGGCGGCGGAAAACCCAGAUUGGGGUCGCUGUAACUCAAGCCCUAUCAUUACAAACUCCUUCACAAUCUUGGGUCUGAGGUCGAUGGCCAUGUACUGGGUAAGAGUGGUAGCCACCAAUGAGGGUGGAGAUGGUGAACCUCAAGAGUUGGAAAACUACAUCAUUGCAAUGCCUCCCCCAGUGAGACCUCGUUUUACUGACAAAAAAAUAAAGAAUUUUAUGGUAACGAGAGCUGGCAACUCCAUGAGGGUCACCUAUAACUUCCAGGGUUCUCCAUUACCAACAAGUACUUGGCUCAAGGAUGGUCUGCCUCUUCCCAAGCAUGUGACAGUGAGCAAUUCUGACACUUCAUCCCAGUUAAUGAUCCCACUGUCCGAGCAUCGAGACACCGGAAUUUACACCUUGAUCUUAAGAAACAUCGUUGGACAAGAGUCAUGCACUUUUGAGAUGAGAGUCACAGAUGACCCCAAGCCACCAGGUCCGGUGGAGUUAGAGGAGAAUGUGCCUGGAGCAGUGUUGAUCACUUGGACAGCCUCUCCGGAUGAGAAAAGGGAUGACAGGCUGCACUACAUGAUCACCAAGCAUGACUCUGUCAAGCACACUUGGCAAACGUUGGCGGACCGUCUUUUCAACAAUAAAUUCACUGCCGUCAAUAUUUUGCCAGGAAGGCAGUACAAGUUCCGCGUCUAUGCCAAAAAUGACAUGGGAACCUCUGAACCCUCUGAGUCACCAAAGUGGGAAGUGAAGCGAGCGAAAGGAACAUUUUCUUUGAAUCUCCCAGCCUCAAAGGACUGCAGUUUUGAAGCGGCUCCCGCUUUUUCUGUUCCGCUCAAAAUGCACAAGACUCCAGAGAGCUACGAGUGCUAUAUGAGCUGCGCCGUGACUGGAAACCCCAAACCCUAUGUGACUUGGUACAGGAAUAACAUUAGCCUCAACACCAACAGCAACUACUACAUCACCAAUACGUGUGGGGUCUGCUCUAUGGUCAUACUCAAAGUGGGCCCCAAGGACAGCGGGGAGUACACGGUCGUUGCAGAAAACGCUCUUGGCAGGGUGGAAUGUUCAACCAUACUUGUUGUUAAAGAUUAAAGUGAUGGCAUGACGCUGCUCGACUGGAGAACCAUGCUCUUUUAAGAAGAGGGAAAAGAAAAAAUAGUAUUGCCUUGGUAUCUGCUCAUUGGGAUGAUAUUAAGAAGUCAUCCAGAAAGAUCAACUUAAUGUGGCAAUAGAAGAACUGAAAUAUGUAUUCACGAUCUGUGUACUCAUGUGUCUUAAUAACAUGGCCAAGAAAUGCCUUUGUCAAAAUAUACUACAAGGAUGAAGAAUUAUAGAGACUUUACUCAAAACAUUGGAAUAUUUUGUGUCUCAUUUGAAAAGGUUGGGUCUGUCUGGGGGUUCCUGUCCUAUUUAAUGUUUGGCCAAUUAGUGGCUUCCUGGGCUUUGGAAUUCAGUGGUUUCUACUUCCAGGAGCUGAAGCAAAAGGGAGGGGCGCACAUAAAGACAAUACAUAAAUGCAUUUUUACUUUGGGGAGGCAGUAAGUGGUUUAUCUACACUGCAUUUAUUUGUUUCACCCGUUGGUGGUGCCAGAGGAGCCUUAUCAUGAUUACCUUGGCCAAAAGGGACAAACAGGGGUGUUGGCCAACAACUGUGUAAGGUUCAACUCGCAUAAAAGUGGAUCUGUUUAUUUUAUUUACACUUGAAGUUUCACAUAAACUCUAUAAAGUGCACACAUCUAACUUUUUUAGUGUGCUGUGUGUUUGGAGGCUU